AUGCAGUCAGUACGCCAGAUCGAACGCCUGAACCAAGCCGAGCUCGACAAGUGCGUGCCGCCUAAUGCAUCUUGGCACACCGACUACCGCGAUACAGCCUACAUCUACGUCGGUGGCCUGCCCUUUGAGCUUAGCGAGGGUGACAUUCUCACAAUCUUCAGUCAGUAUGGCAAUCCAGUGCACAUCAACCUGGUUCGCGACAAGGAGACCGGCAAAAGUAAAGGCUUUUGUUUCCUCAAGUACGAGGACCAACGAAGCUGCGACCUUGCAGUGGACAACUUGAGCGGAGCGGGUGUUAUGGGUCGCGUGCUCAGUGUCGACCACACCCGAUACAAGAAGAAGGAAGGCGAGAUUGAAGGUUUGGGACUUGAGGGUGAGGCGGAUCAGGCGGAUGAUACAGAUACAGAAGGUGACGAGCGGAGGAAGCGUCGCCGAACGGAGAGUGAAAGCGAAGAGGAGAGGCCUUUGAUCAAGGAAGAAGUAGAGCUGGCAAAGCUCCUGAGAGAGCACGAGGACGAUGAUCCAAUGAAGGAGUAUCUCGUUCAACAGAAGCGUGAGGAGGUUGCAGAAGCUCUGAAAGCUCUGGAGAAGCCGAAAAAGAAAGACAAGGACCGAGCAAGAGACGACGAGCGAAAACAUCGGCAUAGGCAUCAUCAUCGGUCACGCAAUGACGAUCGAUAUGACGAGAAUGAUCGCGACCGGAGAAGAGACAGACACCGCUCGCGAAGGGAUCGGGUUGAGGAGGAAGAGGGCGAUGGCGAACGUAGAUCUCACAAGUCACGUCGCUCGGGAGACGACGAAGAAGACAGCAGGCGACGUGGCACUCAUCCUUCAAGACGGAACCGAUCGCGGACACCGGAUUUCGACAGAAAUGAGGACCGAAGAACGCACAGAUCUCGCCGAUCCGAUUCUGUUUCGAGCGAUGAAGAGCUGAGGAAGAAGCGCGAUCAGAAACAACGAACUAGAGACCGGUCGGAAGGCAGUCGCGAGCCAUAUAGACGGCGAUAA